CAUUGCUCACAUACACACACCGUGACGUCAGGAUAGCGGAAGAGCGGCGUUCAGCAGAUCCAGCGCCGCUAAGCGAGAUGGCGUGCAGCGACACACACAAGUCCAGUCUGGACGAGUCCAAUAACGACUGGCCAUCCAGCUGUGCGGCGGCGAUGGAGAAGGAGCGGGAGUCCUACCUGAGCCCCACGGAGAACCCCUCCACCCUCAGCGUGUCCCCCAGCCUCCAGCCUGACCAGCAGGGCUACGACGUCGACUUCGACCCCCCGCUGGAGAGCAAGUACGAGUGUCCCAUCUGCCUGAUGGGCCUGAGGUCAGCGGUGCAGACGCCGUGCGGCCAUCGCUUCUGCAACUGCUGCAUCAGGAAAUCUAUCCGAGACACGGGGCAGAAAUGUCCGGUGGAUAAUGAAGUUCUGACGGAGGACCAGCUCUUCCCGGAUAACUUUGCCAAGAGAGAAAUCCUGUCCCUCACUGUUCGCUGCAGAAACGUCGGCUGUAUGGAGAAAAUGGAGCUCCGGCACUUAGAGAAUCACAUACCGCACUGUAAGUUCGCCACAGUGCCGUGCCCUCAGUGCCAGGAAUCGGUGUGGAAGAGUGAGCUGGAGGAACACAUUAACCAGGAGUGUUCACACCGCCUGAUUACCUGCCCUGACUGUGCCGAGAACAUCAUCUACGCUGAGAAACAGUUUCAUGAACAGUUGUGCCUCUUUGCAAAUACAGUGUGUGAAUACUGUAACAUGGAGCUCAUUCGUAAUCAGUUGGCGUCGCACUGCGACACAGACUGUCUGAAAGCUCCCGUUGCCUGCACUUUCAGCAUUUUUGGUUGUCGAGAAAAGAUGCUGAGGAACGACCUGGCCCUCCACAUGCAGGAGUUCACGCAGAUGCACAUGCGCUAUAUGGCCGACGUCCUGCGCAACCAGACCAUCAACGGCUUAAUUUCUUCUCACUCUGCCUCGGCGGCGUCUCCGACGGACAGUCGCGGCGCGUCCUCCCGGCCAGAGGGGGCGUGCCAGUGCAACCAGGAGCUGCAGCAAAUGCGCGAGACGGUCCUGGAGCUGGAGAGCCGGCUGGUUCGGCAGGACCACAAGCUGCGGGAGCUGAGCAUCCGCAACGAGACGCAGUCCACCCAGAUGACGGAGCUGCGGAAGAAGCUGGCCUCCCUGGAGGAGUCCAUGCGGGAGCUGCAGGCUCAGCAGUACCAGGGCGUCUACGUGUGGCGGCUGGAAGGGUUCUCGACCCACAUCCGUAACCAGGAAGCGGGUCAUCCCGUGGUCCUUCACAGCCCGCCCUUCUACACGGGCCGGCCGGGCUACAAACUGUGCCUCCGGCUUCACCUGCAAACCCCCAACGCGCCACGAUGCUCCAACUACAUCUCUCUGUUUGUGCACACCAUGCAAGGGGAGUUCGACAGCCAGCUGUCCUGGCCUCUCCAGGGCACCAUCCGACUCGCCGUGCUGGACCAGGCGGAGGGUCAGCACCACGUGGAGGUGAUGGAGACCAAACCGGACCUCCAGGCUUUCCAGAGGCCCACGGUCCAGCGCAACCCCAAAGGCUUCGGCUACGUCACCUUUAUGCAGCUGCAGGCCCUGCACCAGAGAGGCUUCGUAAGAGACGAUGUGUUAAUGGUGCGCUGUGAGGUCACGCCGCGUUUCGACGCAAGCCUAAGGAGAGAGGGAGUGCAGCCGAGGGGCCUUGAGCCGUCGCUUUGAGCCAACCCGAAUCUCUUCGUUUCUGUUUACACCUGGCAUUAACAUGCAUCCUGGUUGAUCCAAGCGACUUCCAAAUCAAUUGCCCUAACAAUUGCUUGAGCGAUUGUUUGAAACGAUUGCCCAAGUGAUUGCCCAUACUGAGUGCCUAAAGCAAUUGCCCAAAACAAUUACCCAAGCGACUGCCCAACUCGAUUGCCCAAAAAAAUUACCCAGGCGAUUGCCCAAAGCGGCUUGCCUAAAACAAUUUUCCAAGCGAUUGCCCAAAAUAAAUACCUAAGCGAUUGCUCAAAACAGUUGCCCAAAGCAAUUGCCCAAAGCGAUUACCCAAGUAAUUGCCCAAAAUGACUGCCUAAACCAUUAUCCAAAUCGAUUGCCCAAGACGAUUUGUUUAAAACGAUUGCCUAAAACGAUUUCCCAAGUGAUUGUCCAAAACGCUUGCACAAAAUGAUUACCCAACAUGAUUGCCCAAAACAAUUGCCCAAAAUGAUUAACCAAGUGAUUGUCAAAACGAUGACUAAAGUGAUUGCACAAAAUGAUUGCCCACAGCAAUUGCUCAAAUCGAUUGACCAAGACAAUUGCCCAAAACAAAAAACGAAGCGAUUGCCCAAAGCGAUUGCCCAAAGCGAUUGCCCAAAGCGACUGCCCAAAACAAAAAAACGAAGCAAUUGCCCAAAGCGAUUGCCCAUAACGUGUGCCUAAAACAAUUACCUAAGCAAUUACCCAAAAUGAUUAACCUAGUGAUUGCCCAAAGCGAUCGCCCAAAAACUAAUACGACUUUCACCAGACAGAGCUUUGAUCUUAUCGUGUUUGUUUGAUUAAUGAACUAUUUUUAUUGGCCCUGGGACAAUGGGGCGGAGUUAGUUUGGCGCUCUGCUUAUGAUUGGAUCACCCAGAUGAUGCGUUAACGCCAGGAGUGAGCGAUCGGCACACACCUUAUCCUCUUCACUUUUAUCUUCAAGUUCUCAUGGACUCGGCCUUCGUAAUGUUUGUGAACAUAUUUCAGUGGAUUCGAGAAAUCUUACUGAAGACAUUUUUUUUUCUUUCUUUAUUUUGUUAAAUAUUUGUAUCAAGAUACGCCUUUGAACAGGAUAUGGACACGAUGAACACACGUGUACAUUGUUUUUACAUUACCGUGCGAGAUUCAGUGCAGUAUAGCAGUACUUCAGCAGUUCACUAGCGUGUGUUAUUAAUGGUGGAAGCUGUAAAAUGAACCUGACAGCAGGUCAGUGGUAUGAGGUUGAGCUUUAACUGGAGCGGUGCUGGUUUUUGGUCUGUUGGCCGCAGUAGUUUUUUAGAUUCUGUAGUAUUUUGUAGUCUGGAAAUGAGCAAAACCAGAUCCUGUUUACACCCGGUCACUUCAUACGGCUUAAAUAUGGCUACUAGGGGUGAGAUAAUAUAUCGUCGCUGUCAAAUGAAAAACAAGCAUUCACUUUCAAUGGAAGUAAACGAAAAAAGAGUUUAUUUGAAGUAUUUCUAUUGGUCUGUCAUCAAGAAAUUUUGUCACAGUGUAGGAGACAGUUUGUCUGUUUAAAUUAUGUAGUAAACUAAAAAUCACCAAGAGAUACUUGUUUUUUAUUGGACAGCAACGAAAUCGAUAUUGUGAUAUAUCGUAUGAUGUUCGUUUGUGAUACAUUAUCGAUACGUGGCAUCAAAAAUUUUUAUAUAUUUAUUGAAAAACCUAGGAGUGCUAAACUCCCUAAAACUCACCCUUCAAUUAGACUUACUAAAGUUACUGCUUUAUUACUCCACAUGUUGGCACUAUAAGCAAAUAAGAUUAUACUGUAAUACUGUGAUACUUGAUAUAUUGCAAGAUAAAUCUCUACGAUACUGCAUAGCGUCUUUCUAAAGAGGAUAAAAUACUCUUAAGUAAAUUAAAUACCAGGAAUUAUUGAUUUAUUAGUGUUACAGUUUCACAGAAUUUAACAACCAAUAUUCCUCACUGCAGGUUUAUUAACUUUAUUCAUUAUUUGAUUAUAGCGCCACCAUGUGGAGUAAUGAAGCAGUAAUGUAUCACAAAUGCAGAAAUAGACAUCUAGCUACAUUGCCAGUUAUAACAGGACACUUUAAUGUGGUUUUCAGCCUUUAAAACACAACAAAUACCACAAUGCAUUGCAACAGCACUCUUAAAAGGGACAUAUCAUGCUAAUGUGUCUUUUUACACAGGUUAGAAUGUACAAAACAUGUUAAUUUACAUAAGUUAAAUUAAGUUCUAACAUAAAAAUCACUCUCACAUAAAGAAACAAAUCGUACCAGUUACACUCCCUUUCAGAACGUGCUGUUUAAUGGCUCUGUCACUUUUAUGCAAAUAAGCUGUUUUGCUAACCACUCCCCAUGUUUACGCUGAGCGUUCAUAACCACAACGUUAGUGUUAGCUUGUGUAGGUAAAUUUCAAAACAGGAACAAGCUAAUUCAUGAUUACGGACUUGCUGCGGACAUUAGCUACAGAUCCCUCCCUCAGAAGAAGUCUGCUGGCUAAUCCUGCUGUGUACUGUGUACUGAGGUUCUCAACCAGCAGACCCAAAUGGAAUUGUUUUUUCAACUGAUCUAUUGGGUGGGGCUCUGGUGGCAGGUUUCCUGGGUUAUUGUGACAUCACAAUAAGGGAGGAGCCAUGCAAACGGCUCAUAGAAGCCGAAAACGAUUCCUGACCCCAAAUUCUUUCAGCUGAUUCAUAGAAAAUGUAUGUAUGGAUGUUUUUUGUUGUUGUUUGGAGUUUUACAGUGUUUAUAUAGGGGCAGUGAGACACAAGUGGAAAUAUUUAAACACAAAAACUUCAUUUUUGUUUAAUAUGUCCCCUUUUAAUGAUGCAUCAAAAGUUGAGUUUUGUACAGAUCUUUUAAAGGAGAACUCCUGUGUAAAAUAGAUUUUUGUUUUAGUAAAACAUGAUAAAAAGUAUUAACCUUUGUUAAAUAGCCCUCCUCCGCUCUCCUGCAGCUUUCCAUAAUACAGUAAUUUUGUGCUUUUUGCCCAAAACCUUAAACCAUAAAAUCUUAAUAAAUCGCUUUUUACACUGUUAUUCAGGCUCAAAGUAGCUCCACACUUCAUUGGUAGGAUUAAGAGAGCUCUUACAUUAAAAACUAGGCAUUUAGACCUUUAAAACCGCACAAGAAGUUUAUUAAAAAACACUUUUUACUGUUACUUUCUCAUAGCAUUAGCUACAUCUCCGGGCGCCCCCAUCACUGUACUGAUCUUGAUUCUACUUUAAGAUGUAAAAAAAAACAAAAAAAAAAAAACAGUGGUUUUAAAAAGCUUUUUUUUGUGCAGUUUUUAAGAUAUUAAUGUCUCGUUUUAAAUGUUAGGGCUCUCUUUGAUUCUACCAAUGAAAUGUGGAGCUACGUUGAGCCUGAAUAUUGGUGUAAAAAGCGAUUUAUUGGGGCAAAAUAUGUCACAAAGAAAGCUGUAGGAGUGCAGAGGUGAGCUCUUCUACAAAGAUAAGUAGUUUUUAUCAUGUUUUACUACACUAAAAGUCCAUUUUAAACCAAAGUUUAGAGCUAGAGCACUCCAGGUGAACGACUGUGAAGCUUUUAAAAAAGAUUUUCUUUUAUAUCACAUGAUCUACAUGGUUUAAUCACUGGGAGGUCAGUAUAACUCAGGAAUCCCAGAACCCACUGACAUGUUUUUUUUUUUGUAUUUUUUUUUCAUUCAUUUCUUGCCUAAAAGUAUAAAAGUGAUAAUGCCUGCAAAAA